AUGGAGAUUGAUGAAGAAGCUCUGAAGCAGGGGCUUAAUCCAGUAGCCGAACACCAGGGUCUAUGUUAUGGGAUUGGGAUUUUCUUUUUUUUUCUUGGCAUCACAUGUUGGAUUGAUUGUAUCCUAGAAGCCCCUAGGGGUUAUGCACUUCUGAUUUGAAUAAGUGACAGUGGUAAACUAAGAUUGUUAAGGCUGGCAGCAUCCAUCUGCUCCCUGGAGAUUUUCCAAAUCAUAGUGAAGAAAGACUACAGGAUCCAGGACCUGAGGGUAGAUCUUGCCAGUUUGUACAUCAAGACUGGUGCCAAGAACAUGCCCACAGUGUUUUUGCUGACAGAUGCCCCGGUUCCAGAUGAAUGCUUUCUGGUGCUGAUUAAUGACUUGUUGGCAUCAGAUGAGAUUCCAGAUCUGUUCUGUGAUGAAGAUAUGGAAAGCGUAGUCAAAGUCCAAGCCCUGGACCUGAUGGACACCAGAGAAAGCUGCUGGAGAUUCUUGCGUAGAGUGCAGCUGCAGUUAAAAGUGGCUCUGUGUUUCCCUGCCAUGGGUGCCACACUGUGGGAGUGAGCUCAGAAGUUCCCAGACAUCAUGAACUGCCCCACCAUUGACUGGUUCCAUGAGUGGCCGCUGGAGGCCCUGUUCGUCAGCAGGAGGCCAGUUCAGGAGACUGAGGGCAUUGAGCCCCUCAUCCAGGAUUUCAUUUGUGAUUUCAUGGCUUACACCCACAUCAAUGUGAAUAUGCUGAGUGUCAAAUUCAAUCACAAUGAGAGGUGAUGCAAUUACAGCACUCCAAAUUGUUUUCUGGAGCAAAUCAUGCUUCAUAAGAUCCUCCCAGAGAAAAAAGAGGAGAUGUCAGGAUACAUGGAACAUCUGCUGAAUGGCAUGCAGAAGGUGAAGGCAGUAGCUCUCCAGGUAGAAGAGCUGAAAUCCAGACUUGCAUCUCAAGAGACAGAAGUGCAACUGAGAAAUCAAGAUACUGAAGCUUUGAUUGCUAAGAAAGAGUUUCAGAUUGAGGAAGUGAGCCAACAAAAGGCCAUUGCAGAUGCAGAGGAGCAAAAGCAUAGCUUCUGGGAGGAUCUGUUCCGUGAUCUUCCCAGAUACAGAGUCAAUGCUGACUCUUCUGCAGUAUGGUGUGGCAGCAAUACAAGAGAAGUAUGUCUAAGACAAAAAGAAUGUGAGGAUGACCUGCUGGAAGCUGAACCUGCUUUUGUUGCUGCUGCAGAAGCCUCAGACAUACUUAAUAAAGUAAAGAUCAUACAAACUAAAAGCUUCUUCAACUCACCAAUGGCUGUAAUCAAUGUUACUGUAACCGUCCUGACAUGUAAAGGGAAAGUGCCCAAAAUCCAAAGCUGGAAAGCUAUGAAAGUCUGUAUGGAAAAGGUUGAUGGCUUCUUACAAGGUUUAAACAACUAUGAGAAGGAGUAUGUUCCUCAGAAUUGUCUGAAAGUCAUCAAGGAACAUUACUUGAAGGAUCUAAAUUUCAACCCAAAUUAUAUUCAUACAAAAUCCUUUGCAGCAGUUGGUCUCUGUGUCUGGAUCAUCAAUAUAGUAAAAUUCAUUGUGAUAUAUUGUAAAAUAGAGCCAAAACGUUGUGCAUUGGCCCAGUAAAAUGCUGAAUUAGCAGCAGCUACAGAAAAACUGGAAGCCAAUAGGAAAAAGCUUCUUGUAUUUCUGGAUAGCAAUCUGCACAAGCUGCCAGCUCUGCUCGAGAAAGCAGUUGCUGAGAAAGUCCGUCAAGAGAAUGUGAACCAAACAAACAAAAUUUUUGAGCUGUCUGAAAACACUCAUUGGAGCCAGUCCAUUGAAAACCUCAGAGCAUGAAAGAAAACUUUAUGUGGUGAUAUCUUAUUAACAGCAGCAUUUGUGUCUUACUUUGGACCCUUCACAAAAUAGUGUCACCAGGAACCAUUGAUGGAACAUUUCUGGACUCCUAUUCUAAAGUGACAAAAGAUUCCAAUUCCUGUGAUGGAGGGCCUAGACCCAAUUGCAACAUUGACGGAUGAUGCUACGAUUACAGCAUGGAGUAACGAGGGACUGCCCGAUGGUAGGAUGUCAAGAGAAAAUGCCACAAUUCUAACAAACUGUGAGCACUGGCUUCUGACGAUAGAUCCCCAGCAACAGGGAAUUAAAUGGAUUAAGAAUAAAUAUGGAGCUGACCAUAAAGUCAUACAUCUAGGACAGAAAGGUUUUCAGAAAACCACUGAAAGAGCUUUGACUUGUGGAGAGACAGUACUAAUUGAAAACAUGGGUGAAACUAUUGAUCCCGUACUUGAUCUCCUACUUGGAAGACAUACAAUUAAAAAGAGAAAAUAAUUAUACUUAUAUAUCAAGACUGAAGACAAAGAAUGUGAAUUCAACAAGAAUUUCCAUCUCAUCCUUCACACUAAAGUGAAGGCUAACCCUCACUAGAAGCCAGAACUGCAAGCUCAGACCAUCCUCAUUAAUUUAACUGUCACCAGAGUCAGACUGGAAGACCAGCUGUUGCCUGAGGUUGUUAGUGCUGAAAGGCCAGACUUAGAAAAACUUAAGUCAGUCCUUGUCAAGCAGCAGAACUGUUUCAACAGGCAGCUCGAGGAUGACAGGCUGUUCAGCCUGUCAGGUGCCCACGGCAGUUUCUUAGAUGACAGCAAACUUGUAGAGAAACUGGAAUCAACAAAGUCAACUGCAACAGAAGUAGAGCACAAGAUAGCUGAAGCCAAAGAAAAUGAAGCCCAGAUUAAUGUCAGAGAGCAUUGCAGACCUACAGCUAUAAGAGCCUUUGUUCUUUACUUCAUUGUAAAUCAUCUGAGCAGCAUCAACCCCAUCUACUAGUUUUCACUGGAAGCCUUGAAUGCAGUCUUCUGCAAAGCAAUUAAGCAGGCUGAACAUCGGGAUAUUCAGUGUCGUAUAUCUAACCUGACAGAAGCUGGCACGUAUUCAACCUUUCUUUUCAUAAGCCGGAUUUUUGGAAAGGAUAAGCUCAUUUUCUUGGCCCAAACAGCUUUUCAGAUUCUUCUCUGAAGUAAAGAAAUAGAACUCUUUGAAUUGGACUUCCUUCUUCGAUUCAGAGUUGAGCACACUUACGAGAGUCCUGUUGACGUCUUAACUACUCAGUCAUGGAGUGCCAUUACAGUAGGCUGGGAAAAUUGCUUUCUAGGCGUGUUUUUUCAUCUUUAUAGGAACUUUGUGGAGGACGAUCUUGGCUUAAGAUAUGUGGAAAGCAGAAGGAUGGCCUUAGCAAAAUCCUGUGAAGAAAGCAGUCCAGCUUCUGUGUCUUUCAUUCUGUCUACAGAAGCAGACUCACUCGAAGAUAUUGAGACACUAGGCAAAAAGCUUGGGUUCCCUGUAGACUCUGGAAGAUUUCAUAACAUCUCUCUAGGACAAGGGAAAGAGAUGGUUGUAGAGGAGGCACUUGAGAAGUCUGCCAGACACAGCCAUCGGGCUCUUUCCAAGUGAGUUUUUCAACAGAAUAUUCAUCUAGUAGCCCAGCGGCUAGGAACCUUGAAACUCCUUGAGCAAUACAGUGAAGAAAGUCAUCCUGAUUUUCAUGUCUUUAUUAGUGCUGAAUGAGCUCCAGCCCCAGAAGAGCACAUCAUUCCUCGAGGAAGACUAGAAAACUCAAUUAAAAUUACCAGUGGACCUCCUGUGGGGAUGCUGGCUAAUGCUGCUCUCUACAGUUUUGAUCAGGAUACCCUUGAACCAUGUACAAUGGAAAGAGAAUUUAAAAGCAUCCUUUUUUCUCUGUGCUAUUUUCAUGCUUGCGUUGCUGGGAGACUGGAGUUUGGCCCCCGGGGGCUGCAAUGGAAGGCAUCCUCUAGCCUAUGGAUAAGUAAAGAAUUACUAAAGUGCUAGAGAUCUCACCAUCUGUAUCACUGUUCUCUGCAACGAUUUAGAGACACAUAUGAAGGUUCCACAGGAAGACUUGAGUUACCUCCUUAGUGAGGUCAUGUACAGUGCCUGGGACUGCAGGUUCUGCCAUGCAUAUCUGCAGGAAUUUACCAGCCUGCCUGUGAACUGGAGCCUUGUGGAGAACAGCAAGAGCUUUCUCAUCUAUGCAACCCCACCUCGCAAGGUCAUGUCUGGCUGUGGGGGAAUAAAUUCUCCAACUUGUCGAAGAAAUAGCUCCUGUGAAAAGUACCACUUAGAGACAGAAAUACUAUUCAGCAAAAACAACUUGCAAGGCUGGUUUAAAUCCUGGACAGCUCUAUCGCAGUUCUGAGACAUUUUGAAGACAGUUAAGUCCUUACAGUGUAGGAGCUGGGGGAUCCUGGAAAAGAAAUGUGAUUGCUGCAGCUUUUAUUCUGUCCUGUUGUCACAGGAGGCCAGCCAACUGAGUUUUGAGAACUGUUUUGAGCAUUAUCAAUAAUGUUAUUGAUUCUUUUACUGAAGCUUGAAGGGGAACUUGCUGUGGCACCAGGUUUCUUGGCUCCACCAAAUCUGGAUAAUGCUGUAUACCAUAAAUAUUUAGGUGAAAUGCUUCCAUCUGAAAGCCCUGUUCCAUGUGGACUGCACCUGAAUGCUGAGGUGGGAUACCUUACAACAACAUCAGAUAAUCUCAGAUAAUCUCUUCAAAACUCUUUUGGAAAUGCAACCCAUGAAUUCACUCAUAGGAGAAGGAUCAGGGCAGUCUGCAGAGCAAAAGGAGAACAAAGUACACUUGCAAGUAGAAGAGCCAAAAGGAGUCAGUUGCAGUGAUUUCUGAUGGCUUUCUUUGUAUUGGCCUGGACAAGUUAAGCAUGUCCUGGAUGAUAUUCUGGAGAUGCUUCCCAAGGUGUUGAACAUAGCAGGAAUCACACAGAAGACUGCUGCCUGGAGCCCUUAUGCCCUUGUUUACCUUGAAGAGUGUGAGAAGAUGAACCUCCUGCUUUCAGAGAUCCACAGCUCUUUUCAAUAGCUGAACAUCAG